CCAAUUUUCAACAACUUGUCAUCAUCUUCGACUUCUUAUAUAUAAAUAUAUAAAAAAAAUGGUGAAAGAUGAAGUAGUUUUGGUCAACUUCUGGUCCAGCCCGUUUGGAACCAGAGUCAAGAUAGCCUUAGAAGAAAAGGGAAUUCCUUAUGAAUACAAAGAAGAGGACUUGUUUAAUAAAAGCUCAUUUUUGUCAACAAUCAAUCCUGUUUACAACAAAGUUCCAGUCCUUAUUCAUAAUGAGAAAUCCAUAUGUGAAUCAAUGAAUAUAAUAGAAUACAUCGAUGAGGCUUGGAGUGACCGAGUGCCUUCUUUCUUACCUUCUGAUCCUUACCAAAGAGCACAAGCUCGAUUUUGGGCCAAUUUCAUUGACAAAGAGCUAUAUGAAGCAAGCAGGAAGAUAUAUAGAGGCAAAGGGGAAGAAGAACAAGAGAGUGGCAAGAAAGAAGUGUUGAGAAUAUUGAAAUUGGUUGAAGGUGAACUUAGAGACAAGGCUUUUUUUGGUGGUGACAACUUAGGUUUUGUUGAUAUAUCACUUAUACCAUUUUAUAGUAGAUUCUAUUCAUGGGAAACAUUUGGCAAAUUUAGCAUUGAAGAGGAGUGUCCCAAUCUAGUGGCAUGGGCCAAAAGAUGUUUGCAAAAGGAAAGUGUUGCCAAGUCUCUACCUGAUCCAAUCAAGAUUUAUGAGUUCCUUUUGUACCUAAACAUGUAUUUGGCAAAGUAAAUGCUUGGAGGAUUUCGUGUGAUUCUUAAUAAGUCAAUAUGUGAGAUUGUGUGUUACCGUAUCGAUAUUGCUGUUUGGUCUUAAAAAUAAAACACAUAAAUGGUAGAGACAUAUAUAUGCAA